AUGAACCCGCAGCUAUCGAUUAACGUGUACGGCUACAAAGAUACGUUUAUACAUGGUUUGGAAAUUUUCCCUGUACGCGUUAGUUCGAACACUGUGGGGAAGAAAAUUCAUCUAUUGGCUGUGGAGAAUGGGAACAGUCACCACUUUUGCUGGAUAAAAAAUUUAGCAAAGUUGUGUCGAUCGGGUGUAACAAAACACCGCCGCCAAAUUUAUUUAUGUGAUCGAUGUCUCAACUAUUUUGCUACAGAAGGCAAACUCCAACAGCAUUCAGUAAAUUGUGGUGAAAAAGAAGCGGUGCGGGUACGAAUGCCUGAAACUGAUGACGAGCGGUUCGUUGAGUUCAAAGAUUUCAACAGCAAGGAACGUGUUGAGUAUAUGGUGUACGCUGACUUUGAGGCGUUAUUGGUACCACAACAUCAUGAAGACAUGGAAAUGGAUCAUGGGUCUUAUACAAAAAAUAUUCAAAAACAUGUACCCUACAGUGUAGGUUACUAUGUUCAUUGUACCCAUGAUCCCAACCAAUCGUUUUAUAAGGCAUACCGUGGUGCUGAUUGUGUCAAGUGGUUUGUUCAUGAACUGGAACAAGUAGCGUACUCAUUAGAGCAAAAAAUAAAACACGUUAAACCAAUGUAUCCGCUCACCGUCGAACAAGAACUGGAUUUUAUGUCAGCAGAGAAGUGUCACAUUUGUGAUAAAGAUUUCGUAUCCAAUUCCAUACGUGUUCGCGACCAUUCACAUCGCACAGGUAUCUACCGUGGAGCAGCACACCAAUUUUGUAAUCUGCAUUAUCAAGAUUCAAGGGUGAUACCUGUUGUGAUGCAUAACUUAAGUGGAUACGAUUCUAAUGAUGAACAAUUUCAAUUGCUAACGAGAAAAGGUGUAUUUCCAUAUGAAUACAUGAGUAGCUGGGGACGUCUCCAAGAGACAAAAUUACCACCAAAGGAGGCGUUCUACAGUGUGUUAACAGAUGAACACAUAACGGAUGAGGAUUAUAACCAUGCGAUACAGGUAUGGAACACAUUCAAUUUACAUACACUAGGUGAUUAUUCAGACCUGUAUAUGAAAACUGAUGUGUUACUACUUGCGGAUAUUUUUGAAAAUUUACGUAACACUUGUAUUCAUAGCUAUAGUCUCGAUCCUAGUCACUAUUACACACUUCCUGGCUAUACGUGGAGCGCCAUGUUGAAAUACACCAAUAUCAAAUUGGAAUUGUUCACGGAUAUUGAUGACUUGUUGUUUAUCGAGAAAGGAAUCAGAGGCGGUGUAAGUCAAUGUUCUAAUCGCUAUGCUAAGGCAAACAAUAAGUACAUGGAAGAGGGGUAUGAUAAAACUCAAGAAGAUGUCUACCUUAUGUAUUAUGAUGUGGUGAACCUAUAUGGUGCAGCAAUGUGUGGAUACCUACCAACAGGAAAUUUUAAGUGGGUCGACACACCAAACAUCGAGGAUGUUGCAGAUGAUUCACCAGUCGGGUACAUUUUAGAAGUAGACCUUGAAAUACCCCAACAUCUACAUGAUAACUUUAGCGAUUUACCGCCAUGUCCGGAGACAACGAAACCACCUGGAUCAAAACAAAAAUAUCUUCUGUAG